UGCGCGACCGUCUGAGUCUGAGGGUAAAACGAGGAGAGCGUGCAGACGCAGCUGCUGCUACUUGUGUCGUCCCCUGAAGCCGCGGUGACGCUCGCCACGUCGGAGCCCCUCUCUCCCUGUUGGACUCUGCCGCUCUGAGCUGCCGCUGGCUCUUGAGUGCGUGAGUCUGUGAAUGGGAUGCCGCGAAGAUGCGCUUGCUGAGGGGUGACUGAUGAGAGCCGGAGCUCCGGAGUGGAUGGUGACCCCACAGUGUCCGUAGCCACCGCUGCUCGGGGAGAUUUGGGCGCCUGGCGUUUCCACGACGACUAUAAUGGGCUGCAAUCUGUGCACUUUACAGAAGCGAGAGGAACACUACAAGCUGCUGUAUGAGAUUGCACAGGUGAAUGGGAAGGAGUUGUCCAAAUCCAGCCACGAUGAGACUGUGGAGGCCUUCCGAGCUGCCAGGGACCCCGUCGUGGUGCAGGUCAUCAGGCGUACCCCGAGCGGCCGCCCCCAUGGCCCCCCUCAGGAAAUCCAUGUGGUGGAUGUGUGCACUCAGACUGACAUCACCUUUGAACACAUCAUGGCGCUGGCAAAGCUCCGGCCUUCAACCCCUCCUGUGCCUGACGUCUGUCCUUUCCUGCUCUCUGACAGCUGUCAUUCCCUUCAUACAAUGGACCAAGAUUACUAUGAAGGUACCGACUACCUCUCCCCCGUCCCAGCUGACGGAGACAGAACCGAGGAGUUUGAGUACGAGGAAGUCGAACUUUGUCGUCUCAGCUGUCAUGAAAAACUAGGCCUCACUCUAUGCUAUCGAACGGAUGAAGAAGAGGAUGUGGCCAUCUAUGUCAGUGAGGUUAGUCCAAACAGCAUUGCCGCCAGAGACGGGCGGAUCCGAGAAGGGGAUCGAAUCUUACAGAUAAACGGCAAUGAUGUUCAAGACAGAGAAGAAGCAAUGGCUGCUCUCUCCAGUGAUGACUUCAGGAACAUCGUACUACUGGUCGCCCGACCUGAGAUGCAGCUGGAAGAGGCUUGGCUGGAUGAUGAGCAUAGCGAGUUCCUGGAGCAGCUGAAGAUGGAAAUGUUGGAGGAGCAGCGGAGAGAGGAGAUGGAAUUAGCUGCCUUACAAGAAGAACAGGAAAAGCAGCAGAGAUCCGAAGAUGACAAGCCUUCCUGUUCAACAUUUUCUUACUCAAAAGAUAGCCUGCAAAGUCUGAAAGAGAGAAAGGAAAACUCAGACCACAACGUCUUAGCCCAAAUCCAGAGACGCCUGUCCCGGUGUCUACGGGACAGUCAGGACUCCCAUUGUACCAGUGGUAGCAAGCGACUGGAGGACAAAGACGAUGAGGACAAUGAUGAGUCAGAGGGAGAUCGUUUCCAGCAACUUUUGGAGCUAAAAUGUCAGAUACGCAACAGCGGCGAGUACGACCUUUUCUACAGCCGCCGCAGUACUAUUGAGUGCAGCAUGGCGGAACAAAACGAUGUGCAACAUGAGCUGCGUAUGCUAAAUGAGGAGCUACGCAGUAUUGAACUUGAGUGUCAGAACAUUAUGCAGGCCCAUAAGCUGCGCAAGAGUCAGCAAUCUCCCUUGAUGGGACUUUCUGCACCCUCCAUCAAAAGUCAAAGCCCCCUACAUGGAGAGUCUGUUAAGGGUAAGCUGGGUGACAUUAAUGAGAGGAUGGAAAAGUCUGACAAGGACAGCUCCAGUGCCUACAACACUGCCGAGAGUUCUCGGAGCACGCCCUUGGCGAUGGACCGCUCCCCAGAGCACUCUCUCCAGAGAAUGGUCAGUCUCACCAACCAGAGGAACCUCUAUGGCGGCUUUGCUACCGGUCACUCACCAAGCCCGAGCCCCUUACCGACCUGCAGAACCCCCGUUCUGGGCAAAAGCAGCAGCCCCGACCACAGUAACCCUUCAGAGUCAGAUCAGACACUUCAGGCUGAGGAGGAGGGUAAAAGAAAGUUAAAACAAUGCACUUCCCGGAUUCCUUACUUCUCUCCUUCCCAUAGUUCCCAGCAGAGGCAGGCCAACAUUCCAGCCCAUGCUCGCCACUACCAGAGCUACAUGCAGCUGAUCCAGCAGCGUUCAGCUGUUGAGUACGCUCAGAGCCAGCUCAGCCUGCUUAGUGUCUGCAAAGAGCCUCAAAGACCCAUUAAUGAACCCAAGAUGGAGUGGAAAGUCAAGAUCCGCAGCGAUGGCACCCGUUACAUCACCAAGAGGCCUGUGAGAGACAAGAUCCUGAGGGAGCGGGCCUUGAAGAUUAAAGAGGAACGCAGCGGUGGGAUGACGACGGAUGACGAUGCGAUGAGUGAGAUGAAGAUGGGGAGGUACUGGAGUAAAGAGGAAAGGAAACAGCACCUGGUCAGGGCAAAAGAACAGAGGAGAAGACGAGAAUUCAUGCAGCGCAGUCGGCUGGAAAGCUUGAAGGAGAACCCUCAGAGCAGCAACGAAGGUCGAAAGGAAGUCAGUAUUAUAGAGCUCAGCCACAAGAAGAUGCUGAAGAAACGCAAUAAGAAGAUUUUGGACAAUUGGAUGACCAUCCAGGAGCUGAUGACACACGGCACUAAAGCCCCCGAGGGAGCAAAGGUGCAUAAUGCCUUCCUCUCAGUAACUACUGUAUAGGACAGACACAGCCUACAUUCUACCCGAUGUGGUAAAACAUACUUGCCUCGUUCAAUGCGGCAUUUUUAAGUGGAUGGUCGGAGGAACACUUUUCACUCUUUGAAUCCCAAAAAGCAUUUUUAAAGAGUUUAUUUGUGGCGUCAUGACAUUUUUGUGAUGUUUUUUCAAAACAGUUUCUCCUGGGAAACAUGGCAUUUUCUAAGAAACUUUGACAAUUAUUUUAAUACUUCACUCUGAACAUGUCUAUCUUUUCGAUUCUAUUUUCAUAUUUAUGUUGAACUAUAUAUCUCACGGUGGUUGUUUGACAGUAGGUAAUUUUUCCUUUACCUGUGUUUUCAAUGCUUUCUUGUAGUCCACAGAUUUUAUAUGCCUAAAUUCUGGAGCUGAAGCCGAUCAGAUUCCUCUGUGCUGCUGGCAGGUUGCUGAAAAGAUAUUCCUCACCAAGUACAGUCGGUCAAAGGUUUAACUGAGCUACAUUAACAGUUUGAUUACUAAAGUGCUUUUAAAUUAUGGUAAUGGCUGGACGUGAGCAAGUUACAAUCAUUUAAUUAAAGAGAUUCUUAAAAAUUGUGUUCUGAUGCUGUUUCACAAUAAAUUUGAGUAUUUUUUAAAUUUUGCCCGUUAAACUCCAACUUAGCUAUAAUAUAUGUAUAGCUACAAAUGUUUUUCAUAUGCACAGUGCUCUCCACAAUUAUCAGCACCCCUAGUAAAGCUAUACUGAAUAAUAAAUGAUUAUAAUAAAUUUGGGUUUAGAGGUUUUAAUGACCUCCAGCCAACAGUCUUUACCGUAGUCCUGUAACUGUGACUUAUUUAAAAAAUUUUUUACUUUGAUGACAUCCUAAGACAACUGAGGAGUGGUUAAUGGAAACUGACCACAUGUUGUGGAUAGACGUUUUGGAAGCUCUUAUGAAUUAACAAACACCAAAGUUUAAAUUACCAGAUUGAGUCAGUUAUGUUUAUUUUACAGGAAUUCAAAUGGUGCCAAUAAUUUAUCAACAUAGGAUAGAUUUUGCUACUGAAUGAAUAUGCUUAAAUCUAAUACUGGGGUUGUGUGUGUGUAUAUACCAGGUUUUUAUAUCCUUAUGGGGACCUAUUUCUGUCCACAAUGUGGGGUUAUGAGGACUAUUGCUCCUUGUGGGGACAUUUUCUUGUUUUUGCGUUCGUGGUGAGGUCUGUGAUGGUUAGGUUUAGGGUAAAGGUUAAGGUAAAGGUUAGGUAUGGGAUGGUUAGGUGGUUAGACUGUAGAAAUUAAUGGAAGUCAAUGUGAAGUCCCCACAAGAGAUAAAACCAUGACUGCGCGUGUGUAUAAUUAUUCUGCAAUCUUAAUAAAUUCAGGUUAAAGAUUUUGGCAAGUCUUUACAUGGGGUGCUAGUAAGUGUGAAAAGCAACAAAUCUUUUCAAACAAACUACAUUUGAACUCAGCUUUAAAUUGACAACAAUUUUCAGUUUAAUCAACCGUCAUUUUUCCAACAUUAGCAAUGGUCUUUGAUCAUUUGAGAGCUAAUGUUUACAAAAAGUGUGCUACUCCUUAUUUUACAGACUAUUUUGAUAUCCAAUUUGUACCCCCUUUAACAGAAGGCCAUUACAUCCCAAAGGAUGACGUACAAAAAUAUUAGGCACUCUUCCACUUAUUCAGACAUUCUUGUCAUUAAAUUAAAAACCAAAGCAGCCUGAGAAAAUAUCCAGCUAAGCACUUCUAAGCUUUUGAAUUAGCUUUUUAGAUUUGCAGUUGAUGUAAUAGUUUAAAGAAAACACACAAAUAUGUUCUAAAAUUUGGCUUCUUUUUUUCCUUUUCAAAGAUUUUACAAAAUAAUAGGAAUAAAAAUCAAUCAAAAGGCUUCAAAGCCGUUAUUUCCAGUUUCAUACUAAUUCAGCUCGUUUAAAUUCCUCGCAGCGCUAGUUUACAUACCUCAACUGAGAAAGUGCAUCAGAAAGCACUGAGGUGAUUGAAACUCUAUUUCACAAAAGCAUACAGCAGUUACCAAGAGAUGAAACACUCUUCAUCAUGCAUAUUACAUAUCAAUCUGUAGGGAUUGUUUAGUCUCUGGAUUCAUCUUUUUUUUUUUUUGUUUACUUUGCCAAACAGACAGGUUCGUGCAAAAAUAUACCAGCUCCUUCAGGAAAAAAAACAACAACAAAAAAAACAAAACAUCAGCUUUGAUCAGGAAAGCACAUCAAACACCACCUGAGCAGAACAGCAGAGGAGUUUUCAAAACGGCAUUAAGUUGUUCUUCGGACUAGAUUCGGUUUUCAGUGUGGUUUCCUGUUUAUCUUUGAGAAGCUCAUUAAAAUUCUGAAACUGUGAUCAAAUAGUUGUCA